CAUAUUGCUCGGCGGAGAUCGAGCGCAGAGCGCUUUCGCUGUCAGUGCGAUAGUGCCAGAGUUACAGGACAGCACGGAGUGGUUCGGGCUCUGCGCACUUGGUCAGCGCAGGGUAAAAGGACGGAAUCUGAGCUGGAGAAACACGCAGCAGCAGGUCGGGGAGAGCCGAGGACUCAGCCGCACACGGAACGAGGACCUCGGCAGGAAAAGUGGAACGAAAUAUUAAAACAGACUUGUGAGCAAUGCGCUGGCAGCAUGGCCAAAUGGUUCAAGGAACACCUGGGAUUCAAAACCACCAAGGCGCCACCUCCGGCUCCCCCGAAGCCGGACUACAGACACUACCACCCCGCUGUGCCCGGAACGCCAGGCUACCAUCAGCCAAGCUCAGGGGCCACUUCUCACUACCCGAGCCCCGCACAGCCGGACAUUCUAGCUGCCUACAAACUACAGAAGGAAUUGGACUUCGAGGACCCUUACACGGGAGGCGGAAACAUUUCAUUUUCAACAGGCUUGAGUUCUGUGGGGUCGCCGGACAUAAAAUACGUGUCGCCGAAACACCGGCUUAUCAAGGUGGAAACGAUCGAGAAAGGCAACCCCACUACAGGCAGUGGUAUUAUAGCAGCCCCAGCUGUUUCUGCUGGGAACGUGAAAUCUCCCACAUCACCUCCAGUAGAGCAGGAAAACAAGCAAGAAAAGCUCAUCAUCCUUGAGGACUAUGCAGACCCCUUCGAUGCCGAGCAGGCCGGAGGGACCCAGGUGCCCACGGAGAAGGCGACGGAGAACGACGGCUACAUGGAGCCCUAUGAGGCACAGAAGAUGAUGGCAGAGAUCCGCGGUGGACGGGGCCCAAAGGAGGGGCCGGUGCGGCAGCUGCCCCUGUACGACACGCCCUAUGAGCCGGCGGAGAACGGCGGGGACUCGGACGCCGAGCCCCCCCGCUGCCCCCGCGAGAGCCGGCUGCCACAGGACGACGAGAGGCCCCCGGAGGAGUACGACCAGCCCUGGGAAUGGAAGAAGGACAGGAUCUCCAAGGCCUUCGCAGUAGAGAUUAAAGUCAUCAAGGAUCUGCCCUGGCCCCCGCCGGUCGGGCAGCUCGACAGCAGCCCCCCGCUGGCUGAGGGCGUGGAGGGCCCCCCGCCGCCGUCCCAGCCCUCGCCCGGACAGCCCGCCGGUGACCAGCACCAUCACGUCCAGUUUGACGGCGUGGAGAAGUCACGAAUGUCGCCCACCAAGGAGGGCAAGGUGCGCCCGCUCCAGCGCCACUCCAGCGGCUGCCUGGUCAACACCAAGCUGGGCUCCCAGGACCACUGCAUCCCCAGCGUAGGCGAGCGCAUCGACCCCUCCAUGCCCCUGGAGAGCCAGUUCUGGUACCACGGAGCGAUCAGCCGGAUAGAUGCCGAGUCCCUGCUGAGGCUGUGCAAGGAGGCUAGCUACCUGGUCAGGAACAGCGAGACCAGCAAGAAUGACUUCUCCCUCUCCCUGAAGAGCAGCCAGGGCUUCAUGCAUAUGAAACUGUCCCGGACCAAAGACAACAAGUACAUCCUGGGUCAGAACAGCUGCCCCUUCGACAGCGUGCCGGAGAUCAUCCACUUCUACUCCAGCCGCAAGCUGCCCAUCAAGGGGGCCGAGCACAUGUCCCUGCUGUACCCCGUGGCCAUAAGGACGCUAUAGUGCCACUCUCUGAGCCUCCGUGGCCAGAGGGGGCUAAAUAUCCAUCUCCUCAUCCCUGCAUCUGGUCCUAUACCCACUCCCCUCUCUCUCUCUCACUGGAUCACACUGGUCACUGGUCAGCGGGGGUGAGAGUUCAGAGGUCAAAGUGCGAGGAGUAUGUGUUGGGGGGUGGUGGAAGGGUUGAAGAAGAUCACAGCACCACAUCAGAGGCUAGUAGUUAUCUCCCUCUCCUGCUCUCUGACCUGUGACCCUUGCUCUUCACAUCCACUCUCUCACACAGGUCAUCCGUCUGUCACAAUCUGCCCUUCUCUCUUACAUAAAAUAGUCACAAAGGUCAUCCCUCUGUUCUCAGAUCUGACAACUUUUACCACUACUGUUAUAUAAAUCACUCACACCACUCACCAGGUCACCACUCUGUUCCUAGACCGGUCACAUUCUAUAUAUCUGUCUCUUCCAUAACUCACUCACACAGGUCAUCUCUCUGAUCUCAGACCAGUCACCAUCACUCUAUCUCUGUUCAGGACACAUGCUCACUCAGGUCAACUCUCAGUUCUCAGACCUGUCCUUCUCAUUCAGUCUCUCCUCACAGCACUCACUCACAAAGGUCAUAUCUUUGCCAGGGUUUGGGCCAUUCUGAAGGGCCUACUGUGUCUCUGAUAUGAGCACAAGGCCAUGUGGUGUGCUCAGUGUGGGCUCAGUAAGACUCUUCUACAGCCCAGCACUGUAUAGACAGCUCAACCCUUUCUCUGUUUCCCUUUGUUCUAAGGCUAGGCCAUAUUUCAGAGAAACAGCUGUAUUGAUUGAGGAUGUCUAGUUAAGUGGAUUUUAAUGCUUCUUAUUGUUUGGUCCGUACAAUCAAAUCUGAUGCUUGCUCUUGUAGGAUAUAUCUGAGUCCCUCUAUUUCCUGCUGACAUUGCGGUCUUUGAACCAUCAACAUCCCGACAGCUUGAAGGAGCUGCCCAGGUGCAGACUGGUUGGUGCCAACUAGUGGCUAGUAGUGGAGUGGACUCUUAAGUCUCAGUGGCCAGUAAGAAUCAGUCACCAUUUUUCAAGAUUGUUCCAUUUCUAAUCUGCUGUUCAUGGUUGCUUCAUUAAUUUAAUGUUUCCUUUGUGGAUUUGGUUGUGUACAUGCAUUUGUCAAGUUAUGAAUCCGAUCAAAGCAUUGUAAAUGUGGGGAGGAAUCGACCAAUCAAUCACUGCAAUACAUUUUUAGUGCUCCCAUUGGUAGCUAAAGGAGAUAGGUGUAUCCCCAUCUCCCCCCAAAAAUAAAUAUCAAAAUAAGAUCCUAUCUCAAAUUCAAUAGAAAAGCUCUAAUUCAAGGCACUUACAAGCUUUCAGUUCGUGGUCCCUGACUGGGAAUGUAUGAUACAGACCAUCAGUGUACAGCUUAGUUUAAUCGAUUAACACACACCCGCUGAGUCCGUCAGUGACAGGAAGGACUCCCCGGUGUGUUUAUAGCUGUUAGUGCGUACACACCGAGCACCCUGCAAAGUGAUCCAUGUGUACAGUGUUCUUGAGUCCCACAACGUUCUGUCCCGUGAUUGGCUGCAAAGUCCAUAGUGCUGCCUGAGGCCACUGUGACGCCUGUGCCGGUUCAGUGCGCACCCCAGACCAGUCAACCAACAGAUGGAGCAGCCUGCGUCCUCCUGCUCUCUCUCUCAGAGGGGAGGAGAGGGUCCUCUAUAAAAUGAGCCAAAUAGUAUUUGAAUCCCCCACAAACCCGGGACAGCUUUGCAUUGGAGGAACGAAACAUACCUGCAUCGUCUACCUCAGAGAAUAAAUGUUGUUCGCCCAUCUUUAGAUCAGUAGGUACAAUGGGAUUGCAAAUGUUGAUUAUAU